AAAUCGUGAGCAAUAGGCAACGGCGAGUUUUUGUGGGGCGCCAAGGAAUCGCGGGAACGGAAAUAAGGAACGGGAAAACGCCGCGUCGUACACGUCGGUUGUCGUUCCGACGCUUAACCUCAAAGUGGCGUGACGGCGUGACGGUGUCAUUUUGGCGGCAAGGCCACGCGCGUUGCCGGGGAACGUAUGUGUUCGAGCGAGCCGAAAGGAGACUAACGAAGGGGGAAUUUCGAAGAUUGUCGAGCAGAGCUUUGCGCCAAGGUUCAAAGAUGACGGAACACCGAAGAAGAACGUCAACGGAGGAGAGCCUGCAAUGUAUCAGGCAAUCUCUGAAAUCGGAAGAAAUGGAUCAUGAAGGAACUCAUUUUGACUUGCUUAUCCCGCAUGUUUUUGUUAUCUUUGGAGCGUCUGGUGAUCUUGCCAAGAAGAAAAUCUAUCCCACUAUCUGGUGGCUCUUUCGGGAUAAUCUCCUCCCCAAACCAACUACCUUUAUCGGCUAUGCCAGAAGUAAAUUGACGAUACAACAAUUGCGUGAAAAGUGCCAUCCAUACAUGAAAGUGAAAUCGGACGAGCAGGAGAAGUAUGAAGAAUUUUGGAAGCUGAAUCAUUAUAUGGCUGGCUCUUAUGAUCAAAAAAAAGACUUUGAGCUACUGAAUCGCGAAUUACAAAAGUAUGAACAGGGCAAUACUGCGCACAGAUUGUUUUAUUUGGCCUUACCACCGAGUGUGUUCGAAUGCGUUACGGUACGCAUUCGACUUACCUGCAUGGCAGAAAAAGGCUGGACAAGAGUUAUAAUCGAGAAACCAUUCGGCCGCGACGCCGCCUCGUCGCAAAAGCUCUCUGAUCAUUUGGCAACGUUGUUUAGCGAAGAUCAAAUUUAUCGUAUCGAUCACUAUCUCGGCAAAGAGAUGGUGCAGAAUUUGAUGACUUUGAGAUUCGGAAACAAGGUGUUCAAUCCGACAUGGAAUCGGGACAAUAUAGCCUCAGUGCAGAUCACGUUCAAAGAACCGUUCGGUACUCAGGGUAGAGGCGGCUAUUUUGAUGAGUUUGGUAUCAUCAGGGACGUGAUGCAGAAUCACCUGCUGCAGAUUUUGUCCCUGGUAGCUAUGGAGAAACCCGCGUCCUGCCAACCGGACGAUAUCAGAAACGAGAAGGUGAAAGUUCUCAGAUGUAUCAAAGACGUGCAGCUUGAUCAGGUGGUCCUCGGUCAGUAUGUCGGAGAUCCGGAUGCUAAAGAUCCGGAAGCACGUUCAGGCUACCUAGACGAUAAGACAGUACCAGCUGGUUCCAAUACACCGACAUUCGCGUUCGCAGUGUUAAAAAUAAACAACGAAAGGUGGGACGGAGUACCGUUUAUGCUGAGAUGCGGAAAAGCUUUAAACGAAAGGAAAGCAGAAGUUAGAGUACAAUACCAAGACGUACCAGGCGAUAUCUUUGAAGGAAAAGCAAAGAGGAACGAAUUAGUGAUGAGAGUGCAACCGGGCGAAGCGGUAUACAUUAAAAUGAUGACAAAAUCACCCGGCAUCACAUUUAACAUGGAAGAAACAGAAUUGGACUUUACUUAUAGUAGUAGAUACAAUAGUAUUAAAUUACCAGAUGCAUACGAGAGACUAAUUUUAGACGUUUUUUGCGGCUCGCAAAUGCAUUUCGUGCGAAAUGACGAGUUGCACGAAGCAUGGCGGAUAUUUACACCAUUGCUUCAUCAAAUUGAAAAGGAAAAAGUUCAGCCAAUUCCAUACAAGUAUGGAUCUCGAGGACCAAAAGAAGCCGACGACAUGGCGAAGAAAAAUAAUUUCGCGUACUAUGGCUCGUACAAAUGGGUGAAAGGGAAACCCUGAAAUCUUUGUCGACUACUGUGAUGUGGAUUUAUCACGCAAAGUACAAACUUUAAGAUAUUUAAAAAAAUAAUAUUAAAGUGACACACACAACUAUUGACUGUCACAUUCCAAAAAUUUUGAUAAAACGAUAGCAAAUAUUUUUUUACAAUUUUACAUGUAAUAUUUAUAUAUAUAUAUAUUCCGUUUUUAUUUUAUUGAUAAUGUUUAUAUAUCCGAUUUUAUCAUACAUGUGUGUGAAAAUAUAAGGUUUGUUCUUUAUCUUUGAUUUCCUGCAGUAUGGAAAGUAGUGCAGCACUGAAGUAUUCUUUUUAGCGGAAUUGACGAUUAUAUAUUUUUUGUCAUCGGUAAUGGUUUAUUGCAAUCUCUGUACUAGGUAAAUCUUGUAGUGAUAUCAAAUGUUUUCUAUAAUUUUAUAUUUUAACAUAUUUUUUUAAUUAUUCCAAAAACUAGACAUAACAUUCAGUUUUGUAAUUCAUUACAGCGUACUUUGUAAUUCAUUACAGCUUAAAAGGACAAUUUAUUAAGUUAGAUUUUCCUAAAAUGUUUAUUUCAUUAGUUAUGAUAAGUUUAUUACACACGCACUGAUAACUGUUUUUAGUCAAAAUUGGUUUUAAUGAUUAACAGAAUAAAAUUCUUUCUUUAUCUGAAGAAUCAUAUACAUAAUUGUAAAUUAUAUCAGUCGAUUUUUAAUAAUUAAAAUUAAAUAAAGUAUAUAGAAAUCAACAUGGCAGAUUAAAUCAUUCAAUCUGUCAUGCUGACUUCUGCAUAUUUUAUAUCCCAAUUUUUAUUCUUGCACUAGUAAAAUUCUGCAUAGAACUUGUCAAGAGUAAAACUAAUGUAGUCACAAAGAACAAACCUAUACAAAAAAUGUUUUACAUUUAAUAUUGAGCCUAUUUUUAAAUCAAGAUUGUGAGGGAAUGUGAGUCAGUCUUCUUGUUUAUAUCAGUUUUAUUAAAUCUUGACAAUCGAGACAUAUGUAUGGUACCAGUCGCGGCAUACUGUACAAGUGUAUUUGAUAACAUAAAUUAUACACCACUAGAGAUCUGUGUAUGAGAUUAUUGCGUGUGUAACUUAUGUUAAAUAAAUAAGAGAAAGUUGACUUGCUGUAUAGCAUA